AUGCAGACCGCAGACCACCCGCUGACUGAAGCCCAGCUGGCCACUGCGACUAUAUGGGACAUUGAAGGGCUUUCGCUGCCCCAUCCCGCCGUUGCUUUGCUUCGUUCGUUCAUCGUUGAGGCUCUUGGCGGCGCGGCGGCCGCAGCGUAUGUGCAAUCAAGAAUCUUCUCCCCAGAAGAGGCGUACCGCCUUGCUUCGGACUGGGCCUGCGUGGUAGAAGCUGUCUCGCGCCGUGGAAUUGCGCCCCAGGCGCCAGACGCUACUGCGGCUCACUACAUCUCCCAACGUGAUGGAGGUGUUUGCUGUGUUUCCGGCCUUCCAGGCACCAUUCUAGACCCCCUGGUCGUGUCUCCUGUUUUGCCAAUACCUGUCGACUGGCUGACGGACCAGGAGCGCAGCACAACCGUCCAUGACAGAGUAUGUGGAUAA